CAGUGUGUUGUGAUCAAAGAGUAAUCAACCGAAGGAAUUAAUGGCUAGGCAGUCGAUAACGUGGCUGGCUAAUUGAGUAAUGGCUAUGCAUGAGGGGCAUCGACGGCAUUCCCAGAUAGCCUCUCAAUCUUCCUUGCUGAUUACCCAACAUUCCACUCGAUUUUCAUUCUCUUCGUUUCCACAUACAUUUUAGCGUAAGCAAAGCUGAAAUCAAUCAAUGGCAGUGAAGGAAGAGAAGAAGCCGUCGGUGGAAAUCAACAAGCUGAGGUUCACCUACCCAGGAAUCGAUGGCCACCCGCCGCCUGGCUCCACUCCACUCAUCGACGACUUCUCCCUUACUCUUUUUCCCGGUGACCGCUAUCUUCUAGUCGGAUCUAAUGGCGCAGGGAAGACGACAAUUCUCAAGAUAUUGGGAGGGAAGCAUAUGGUGGAGCCACAUAUGGUUAGAAUUUUAGGACGAUCAGCAUUUCACGACACUGCUUUGACGUCUUCAGGCGACCUUUGCUAUCUUGGGGGAGAGUGGAGGAGAGAAGUUGCUUUUGCUGGGUUUGAGGUGCCUAUUCAAAUGGAUGUCUCUGCUGAAAAAAUGAUAUAUGGGGUUACAGGUGUCAAUCCCCAAAGACGAGAUGAAUUAAUUAAGGCAUUAGGUAUUAAUCUGUCAUGGAGGCUGCACAAAGCAUCAGAUGGUCAAAGGAGGAGGGUACAAAUUUGUAUGGGUCUUCUGAGACCAUUUACGGUGCUCCUCCUUGAUGAGAUCACUGUUGACCUCGAUGUACUUGCAAGGGCUGACCUUUUGAAAUUUCUGAAGAAAGAAUGUGAAGAACGAGGCGCUACAAUUAUUUACGCCACACAUAUCUUUGAUGGUCUGGAGGACUGGCCUUCUCAUAUUGUUUAUGUAGCUAAUGGAAAAUUGCAACUAGCUACCCCAAUGAGCAAGGUUAAGGAGAUGAGCAACAUUUCACUAAUGAGAACAGUAGAAAGUUGGUUGAGGAAAGAAAGGGAUGAGCAAAGGAAAUGGAGGAAAGAGAGGAAGGAAAAAGGGCUUGCGCCGUUUGAUAAACAGAUUGAUGGAACUCGUGUGGUAGGAGAUCCGGCUCGCUCAUUAAACAAUGGUUGGGCUGGUGGAAGGCUACAUUCUACCCUUGCUGGUGAAGAAAAUUUUGUGUAUAGCUCAAACAGGGUUUUGAGACAGUAAAGGGAUUGGUAUCUAAUUGAGUUUUUGCCACUUUUAGAUCUCUAGUUAUUGAGUCAGUGACGUUUUUUAUACUUGACUUUGAAAGUUUCCACUUUUAAGUCCUUUCGAUAUAGUGAUAGAGAGA